CCUCCGAAAGCGGCAGGGAGAUGGCUGACGUCGGCGGCACCGCCGCUGCCACGGCCGGCGGCGCCGGCCAGGCAUUCUGGACAGCGUGCCCGCACUGCUGCCACGUGCACUCGUACCCGCGCCCCUACCUCGGGCUCCGCCUCCGCUGCCCGGUCCCGGCCUGCCGCCGCGCCUUCCCCGCCUCCGAGCUCCCCGCCGCGCCGCCCAUCGUUCCCGGCGCCGACAUGUACUUCUGCACCUGGGCAUUCUUCCCGCUCGGACCGCCCGCCACCGCCGACGGCCGGGUGCCCUUCAUCCCGUUCCACCACUUCAACGCCCCGCCCUCCCCCUCCCCGGCCCCCGCCCCAAACCCCACCGCCGCAUCCGCCGACACGCCAUCCUGCCCGACAUCCAGGAGGAAGGUGGGGGUGUGCCUCAAGGGCAGGGCACGGGCCGAGGCGGAGGAGGAAGAGGAAGCCGCCGCCGCCGCCGCCGCCAUCAGUUUCGAGGCCGAGGCGGGUGGGCUCGGGGAAAGGUACAGCAGCGGCAUCGACAUCAACAUCAACGAGAAGGUGGACCUCAGCGACCUUGGCUUCCACGUCGAUGAGUUGGGGGUCCUCCACGACCUUCCAUGAGCCAGUCUUGGGGCGGAGGAAAAGGGAAGGUUCUGCCUUUUAAUCGCAAUCUUGCUCUUGGCAAUGCUGGUUACUGUUACUGACUGACAGCCCAACAAAUGGUACUAGAUGGUUUGCUGGAACCAGAACCUAAAACUAUGUUACUGAAUCGGCGUACUUUUGCCUAAGCUUAGCUUAGUUUCUGAUGGAAAUGUAGGGUUCAGUGCUGCAAAGCUGUUAGAUUUUUCUGAUUGAACAUCAUGGCUGUGGAGAUACAGAAUACUCCUCCUUUUUGUGCUGACCUGGAGGUGUUAAGUGAUCCAUGCUUUAUGCUGCGUCUAUGUAUAUGAAAUCAUGGUUUCUGUU